AGAAGCCGAGGCUGGCUCUAUGGUGCGGCGCUGGCGGUGUCGCUGUGGGGAGUGGGUGCUGCUCUCAGAUGUUUUCUUCCAAUGGGCUUUUGCUGUAGGAUGUUGGAAAACCAAGAGCAGGAGGAGGUGAUCACUGUGCGUGUUCAGGACCCCCGCGUGCAGAAUGAGGGCUCCUGGAAUUCUUAUGUGGAUUAUAAGAUAUUUCUCCACACCAACAGCAAGGCCUUUACCGCCAAGACGUCCUGUGUGCGUCGCCGCUACCGUGAGUUCGUGUGGCUGAGAAAGCAGCUACAGAGAAAUGCUGGUUUAGUCCCUGUACCUGAACUUCCUGGGAAGUCAACCUUCUUUGGCAGCUCAGAUGAGUUCAUUGAGAAGCGCCGGCAAGGUCUGCAGCACUUCCUGGAAAAGGUCCUGCAGAGUGUGGUCCUCCUGUCAGACAGCCAGUUACACCUCUUCCUGCAAAGCCAGCUCUCGGUGCCUGAGAUCGAAGCCUGUGUCCAGGGCCGAAGCCCCAUGACGGUUUCUGACGCCAUUCUUCACUACGCUAUGUCAAACUGUGGCUGGGUCCAGGAGGAGAGGCGGGGUUCUUCUCACCUGGCUAAAGGAGACCAGCCUAAGAGUUGCUGCUUUCUUCCACGAUCGGGCAGGAGGAGCUCUCCCUCACCACCUCCCAGGGAAGAAAAGGACCAUUUCGAGGUGUGGGCUCCCGUUGUUGACUCUGAAGCUCCUUCCUUGGAAAGCCCCCCUCUGCCACCCUCCCCCUCGCCAUCAUGCUGUGAUUUUACAAGACCCGAUGAGGGGACGUCUGCUCCUCAGCCAGUGAGGAGGGCCAUGGCAGGGGACCAUGCUGUGCCUUUGGACCCUGGGCAGUUAGAAACGGUUGUGGAGAAAUGA